AAGCUUCGCCUUUCCACGGCACCCUUUUCUCUGCCCGUGUCCAUCUCCCACACUGGCUUGAGCUCCCCAGGGACGGGGUCCCCUGACCUGUGUCCGCCGCAUCCCACACGGGCCCUGGCAGCUGUGCCCGCUGGGGUUUGUGACCUGAAGGACCGACUGACAGUGAGGGUCGGCUCACAGCUGCCUCCCAGAGAGGAAUUUGUACGAAGUCCACCCUUGCUCUCUCAGUGGCCAGACUGUCCGCAGAUGCAGAGGGACCGUGCGGGGCUGGGGCUCAGUGCACGGGCCGAGCUGGAUGCCAGUUCUCACCCUGCCUCAGUGUCCUCACUGAAGUGGAAUGGCCAUAGCGCCCGCGUCCCGGGCUCGAGGACUGUGUGAGAUACGAGAGUGUCGCGUCUGGGCACGGGCACUGGAAGGAAGGCUGCGGACAUUAUCCACCUCUCACUGGCACAGCUCCUUCCAGCAGCGGCUCCAGUCCCAGCACACCUCUGGGAGUUGGGCCACGUGGUCCUCUCCCCAGUCUGGUUCCUGUAUAGCCUGCUCAUGAAGCUGUUCCAGCGCUCCACCCCGGCCAUCACCCUCGAGAACCCGGACAUCAAGUACCCGCUGCGGCUGAUUGACAAGGAGGUCAUCAGCCAUGAUACCCGCCGGUUCCGCUUUGCUCUGCCGUCGCCCCAGCACAUCCUGGGCCUCCCUGUCGGCCAGCACAUCUACCUCUCGGCUCGAAUCGAUGGGAACCUGGUCAUUCGGCCCUACACGCCCAUCUCCAGCGAUGACGACAAGGGCUUUGUGGACCUGGUCAUCAAGAUUUACUUCAAAGACACCCACCCCAAGUUUCCCGCUGGAGGGAAGAUGUCCCAGUACCUGGAAAGCAUGAAGAUUGGAGACACCAUUGAUUUCCGAGGCCCAAAUGGGCUGCUGGUCUACCAGGGCAAAGGAAAGUUUGCCAUCCGUCCAGACAAGAAAUCCAACCCUGUCAUCACAACGGUGAAGUCUGUGGGCAUGAUUGCAGGAGGAACGGGCAUCACCCCGAUGCUGCAGUUGAUCCGUGCCAUCAUGAAGGACCCGGAUGAUCAGACCGUGUGCCACCUGCUCUUUGCCAACCAGACUGAGAAGGACAUCCUGCUGCGGCCCGAGCUGGAGGAACUGAGGAACGAACAUUCUGCGCGCUUCAAGCUCUGGUACACGGUGGACAGAGCCCCCGAAGCCUGGGACUACAGCCAGGGCUUUGUGAACGAGGAGAUGAUCCGGGACCACCUUCCGCCCCCAGAGGAGGAGCCGCUGGUGCUGAUGUGCGGACCCCAGCCCAUGAUCCAGUACGCCUGCCUGCCCAACCUGGACCGCGUGGGCCACCCCAAGGAGCGCUGCUUCGCCUUCUGAUGGGCCGGCCCUGGCCACUGGCUCCGCCCCGCACUCACCGCGCCCUGUCGCCCUGUCUGUACCCACCCCUCCUGCUGUUGUUUGUUAACACCUCUCCCCCCCACGUCUCCUGCUGCAGCCGGGUUCAGCCUGGCCUGCCCGUGCCUGGGAGGUCACCCCGCUGGGCUGGCCCCCGAGGGGCCCCUUUGGGAGCAGGGCUCUGUUACAGGUGGCCGCUGUCGGCCACCUUUAGGGCAGAUUCCUGUCUGGGCCUCACUGGAGAUGCCCCCCCCCCCGCCCCCGCACAAAACACACACACUACUGGGCCGAGGCUGCCAGCACCAUGCUGCCCACCCUCCCCAGAGCAUACCACACUCUGGAAAUAAACACAAAUAUACGGGCAGCCCAUAGCUGCAGGUGCCAGGCCCCUACCCACUGCCUGCUUCAGGGCCACAGCCAGGCCUCAGCACCUGACACUACGUGAUAGGUAACACCAAAAAGUCCUCUUGACAGGGGCUGCUGGGGUGAGAGGCUGCCCCAACCCCAGGGCACAGCAGGCCCGGCCAGCAGGGAGUUGGGCUCUCCCUGGGGCUGGACUAGGAGGAGGGGGCUGACCAAGGGCCCUUCCAUCUGGCACAUGGGCCCUCCCAAAGCCUUAGCAUUUCCCCAAAACACCAAAACGUUCGGGCAGCUUUGGGAGUUCCAAGCAGUCGACCUCUGAUCGACCAGCUUGGGGUCCCGGGCCGCCAGUCCUGAUGGGAGAGCUAAGAUGAUGUGUUUAUCCCUCUGUCCCAGACCCCCCUCCUGCUGCCCUCACCCCGGGUGGGGGAGAUUUUGAGCAGAGCCUCUUGUCUGAGGGACAUUCUCAGUGGCCUCGACGUUGCCUUUAGACCACAGCGUGUCAGCCUCUUGCAUAUCAGCUUUUCAGAGUCAUUUAUGAGCAAACAUAACGUUGAAGUAAAACUUUGCUAAUCUGAA